AUGACGGGUAACGGUGCUGCGGGAGGUCCAGUUGGUCCCGCCGCCUCGCUACCGCUACCGCUACCGCUACCAGGAACACCUCGCCGCCUCCAGCCUGGAGAGGCUAUCAACGACCGAAUUCGCUCCUUAGAGAGGAAAUGGAAUUUGGGACUCAGAAUUCGCGGUGAGGGGUGGUCGCCGACGACGAAGAAUCCUAGUGAUCUGGCAGACAAGACAUUUGGGCUCGUCAAGCGCUUGUUUUAUCUUCCACCAGCUCUAGACAAAGCCAUUGAGAACUUUGAAGGACUUGCUCGGCAAUGGCCACGGAAUAAGCCACGGAACGAACGUUUGGAGGAGCUCUAUCGGACGUUGCAAAAUGAAGUCAAGAAGCAUACCCCGGCACCAAAGAAUGCGACGCCGAGAAACAAUCCGCCGAAGAGUCUUCUGGCAUCAUCCCUACACGUGAAUUACUUGCAGGAAGCGCCUACAAAAGCUGACCCAGAAACAAUAGCUAAAGACACCCCGCAGUCAACAAACCGACUACUUGAUUUUCGGCAAGAAGAGCGCGAGUCCUACACGACUGCUGUUGAUCCAGGAUCACCUACAGACGUGGACACCGAAGAUGAAGGGAAUGAACCCUUUGAAACGCCGCGAUCGCCAUCUCCCUCCACAUCAAGAUCGCAGAAAAUUUUUCAGGCAAGUAAACAUGUCUCUUUGAAAAUCACCAGAAAGAGACCUUCCGAAAGCUCUGAUCAUUUUGAGAACUCGUCAAAGUUGACCAAGACCUCGAAAGGGAAGCAGGCAGUCAAGUCUCUUAUGACCUCAAGUAUUGCACAGCCAGAAUUCAAGAAGCCAACCCUCAACAUGGCCCGCUCCUCCCAGGGAAUAGCUUCAUUCUCAUCUUCAGCAAAUCCUUCCUUCGUCAACACUACCUUUUCCUCUCAGGAAACCACAAAAACCACGGAGACAUCAUUUACCUCUCACGAAAGCGACAACGAUGCUGACGAGAGGCGUACUAUGGGAUCUAAGUUGAAAAGAACAAGUUCCACAACCAUGGGUUCAUUAGAUGACUACGAAUUGAUUCGUGCUGAAUCGCGCUUGGGAUUGUUCGAGCAGGACAUUCAGAAUGACCUUAAUGAGGUUUUUUCCCAAGGAAGCAGCGGCCAGAGCAGAUCGACCUUUGGCUCCAUCGAUGAAGAUGGUCUUUGUGAGGUGUCGUUGAAAGUUGAGGCCAAUGAAGCCAAGCUGGCAUCACCAUCUGCGACCACCCGAGAGCCAGAGGUACCUGGCAUUUCUGACAACGGUGGAUAUCAUAAAACGCCUUUGAAGACGGGGUUACCACCAACUAAGCCGCAGAAAGAUCGGAACUACCCACCAAACCCUGCAGAUUCACCUUCGAAGAUGCCCUACGAAGUACGAGACUUGUCUAGACAAAAUCUGUUUGUGGCUACACUCUCGGAUAGGUUCAGAAGAUUUCCGUAUCACAUUCUGUACAUCUGUCAAAGGAUAGCAACAGAAGCGUCCAUAUCACCAGAAGACUUGCUAUGCAAUAUGAACGUCUCGGCAGUCCGUACUAGUCAAGAAGAGUUUUGGAAGUGUAUCGAAAAACACUCACGUGUCCCGCAUGUGAAACUACGCGAGUCGAGUCGCCUUUGGCAAGCUUCCAAAAAUCGAUACGAUGGCUACACGUUCAAAGGCAGUCUUACGUUUAACCCUAAGUCCGACGGCCCAUUGUUAUCUCUGCGGCUAUCGUCAGUGCAAGCAGACAAUUCCUGCCGGUUGCAGCGAAUCUUUGGUUCGGAUCGAUUCCUUUAUCUGAACUCGCCAUUGUUCAGAUCUGCCAGAGUUGAUAGUCGACACGACACGGCGACAAUGGAUCAGAUUCGCAAGCAAUGGCAAGCAUGGCUGCUCACAGAACACUCUUUCUUGGGACGAAAAUGGAGGGUUUUCCAUAUCGAAGAUCUCAAAAAGGGAAAGAACACUCGGCGUAAAGAUGUCAUGCAUGACAAGAGGCUUGUGCUUUUUGCCACGGAAGGCUGGGGUAUUGAAAAGCCGUGUUCCAUUGGCCAAAUGCUCAACCAAUUCUUACCAUUCGCUUCAAACGCAGACCAGAGCGUUUGCAAGGCAUUUGCGCGCAUCGAUCUUGGCCUUUCUCGGACCAUACCUACUUUGUGUUUCGAACCUGGGCAGAUCAUACGCGUAAAGGAUAAACUGGCGACUCUGGAUUUUGAAGAUACCCGAUUCAACGAUAUCUCAUUACAUUGGCCACCAUUUCCGGAUGGUACUGUUAUGGAUGAUGGCUGCUCCAUCAUUUCGGUGGGUGCUGCGCUGAUCAUAUGGCAGCUAUAUAAGAAAGCCACGGGGACUACUGGCCCACUCCCGAGUAUAUUCCAGGGUCGAAUCGCGGGUGCCAAGGGGGUGUGGAUAAUAAGUGCAGAGUCCUACACCAAAGAUCCAGAGCAUCUAAAACCUUGGAUCAUGAUCAACGCAAGUCAGUGGAAGUUCAACCCACCUGAGGAUGCGUUGCUUGACCACGAGCAUCACCGUACUUUUGAGCUCUCUAAUUACAGCUCUUCUCCUACGCCUUCUGAGCUCCACAUAUCCUUUAUUCCAAUCUUGGUCGAUCGUAAAGUUCCAUUGACGGUUAUCGACAGUCUCAUGAAGGACAGCCUUGAGGCAGAACGGACCAAACUGUUGGACCUACUGCCAGAUCCAGUCAAGAUGUACGAUUGGGUACACAGGAAUGGUACGAAGACACAGUCAGGAAACGAUGUACCAUGGCAAGCUGCCAUGCCAGUGUCACUUGAGGAGAAGGUGAAGUUGCUACUUGAGUCGGGAUUUUCUCCUGCAAAGUUUCAACCUCUCGCCCAAAGCCUGCAACGCUUUAUACAGGCAAAGCAGAUUCUCCAGGAAUCUAAGCUGCGCGUUCCUCUUGCCAAAUCGACAUUCCUCUUUGGAAUUGUAGACCCUUUUGAGGUACUAGAGCCAGGACAGAUACAAGUGCAGUUCUCGUCGUCUUUUGCCGACGAUACAACGGACGAAAAGUACCUCGGCCUUAGGGACAUGGAGGUGCUAGUCGCUCGCCAGCCUGCUUGUCGCCGUUCGGAUAUCCAAAAGGUCAGAACCGUCAUUCGUCCAGAGCUGUCGCAUCUAGUCGAUGUGGUGGUAUUCCCAUCCAGAGGCCGAUAUCCCUUGGCUGGCAAACUUCAAGGAGGUGACUAUGAUGGAGACAUAUUUUGGAUAUGCUGGGAACCCCAGCUGGUGCUGCCGUUUCUGAAUGCGCCAGCACCAGUACAAUCUCCGGACCCUGCACGAUACGAGAUCAAGAAAACGACAGCAAAAGUGAGGGACGUUAUUGAUACACGUAAUCCGGGUGACGUCGAUCGAUUGCUAGAAAUGGCUAUUGAGGCCCGCAGCAAAUCCUCGAUGCUCGGUAUGGUUACUGUCUUUGCUGAAAAGCAAGCAUACCGCGAAAAUUGCAUUCACUCUGCGACGCUUGAAGCACUGUACGAUAUGCAUGAUUUGUUAGUCGACGCACCCAAGCAAGGUUAUUUCCUUUCGCAGGCAGACUUCGAUCUCUGCAAACAAAAGCUUGGAUUGAAAGAACCCAAGCAGCCAGCAUACAAAUGCGCCAUGGAAGACUGUGCAAACGCUAAGAACUCGACAAAGGUAGAAGAAUGCCGGAAGAGAAAUUACAGUCCUAAGCUCAACCGAGUGAUAGACUACCUGUACUUUGAGACGGUAAGAAAACACAAUGUCGAGACCAUGAGGCUAGUCAACGAGUUCUUUUCUAAAGCUACCCCCCUGGACGACACAUUGCUGUAUCCUCAAAAGCACCUCAACGACAAGAACUCAAAGGCAAUCAAGAAGGAAUUGCGGUCAUACUAUGAGAAGUUGGAUAGUCUAUAUCGCGACUGGAACAGCGGUUGGCACAAGGACUAUGACCCAGAGCGCUGCAAUGCACACAUUGACGACUGUUACCGAAAAUACCAAGCCAUACAGCCCGACUAUCCCGAUGAUCCUGAGAUACGACCUCUGGUGGAGCAAUAUCUCGGGCCGGGUAUAUGCUAUUGGGACAAGGUCAAGGCCUCUGCUCUCUACGCGAAAUUUCCUUAUAAAGAGAAGUCGAGCUUUGUUCUCACCAUGGCUGGGGGCGAGCUUGCGAGGCUGAAGGCGGACAGCUUCCCGCUUACUCGUGCCUUGGUGUCUGGGAUCCGCACGAAUUUGAAGCCCAAGCCUAUCAAAGCGCCUAUCCAGUACGAUGAGGAGGGGGAGGAUGAUGAUGAAGAAGAAGAGUUCGAGUCCGCGCUUGAGGAGCCGCUACUGGAGUAG